AUGACUCCCCGAACAGGAGGAGGUCCUAAUGGACAAACUCCGAGAUCAUAUCGACCAUCUACCAAUAAGAAUGGACGACUUCCAAAUAAUUAUGGACUGAGUAGACCAUUUAAGAUUGGACAUCAAAGAGUUAAUGUUGAUAUAGAUUUAUCAAAUAAUAGUAUAGAAGGAUUUACUGAGAUAACUGUAUUACCAUUUAUUGAUAGUUUAAGAAGUAUAAAAUUAGAUUGUCGAGAAAUUUCUAUUAAAGAUAUUUAUAUAAAUAAUUCAAGAAAUAUUAAUUAUAUUUAUAAUGAUAAAUUAUUUAUUAAUGAUGAAAAGAAUUUUGAUAAUUCAAUAACUAAAGGUAUUUGGAAUAUAUUUGAUAUUUAUUCUGAUGAUAUAACUAUUCAUCAACAUCAUAUGAUUCGUCAACGAUUAAAUUAUAUAUUUCGAGAAUUUAAUUAUGAUAGUAGAAAUACUCCUGGUACUGAAGAAUUAAUAAUUAUAUUUCCUGAUAAUUUAAGAUUAGAAUUAACUGAUUUAACUUCAAUUACAACUCCAGGAAGUUUACCUGGUACAACUACUCCAUUACAUUUAAAAUCAAAAUCAACAUUAAAUGAAAUAUUUACUCCAAUAAAUAUUAAAAUUGAAUAUGAAUUAAUAAAUCCAAAUAAUGGAAUUAAUUUCUUUACAAAUAGUGAUAAUAAAAAUUUAUGGCAUGCUUAUACAACUAAUUCAGAUUAUAAUAUUUCAACAUCUUCUUGGGUACCAUGUCUUGAUAAUUUAUGGGAUAGAUGUACUUGGUCAAUUGAAGUAAAUGUUCCAAGAACUGUUAAAGAUAUUGGUAAUCCUCGAAUAAUUGGUAGUAAAGCAGCUAAAUUAAAAGUAUAUAAUAAUAAUAAUAAUAACAAUAAUAAUGAUAAUGAUAAUGAAGAUAAUCAAGGUUCCGAUAUUGAAGAUGAAGAUGUUGAUUUAUCAGUUUGUUCAGGAGAUUUUAAUAAUGUAAAGGAAACUCCUCAUCCAAUUGAUUUAUCAAAAAAAGUUGUAUCAUGGGCAAUAUUUAAUCCAGUAUGUUCUCAUCAUGUUGGAUGGGCAGUUGGAUGUUUUGAAAGUUUUAUUAUAUCAGAUAUAUCUCAACCUUCAGAAUUAGAUGAAGACACAACAUCUGAUGAAGUUGAUAAAGAAAUUGUAAGUUCUCCAAUUACAAUUUAUUGUUUAUUAGAACAUUUAGAAAUGGCAAAAAAUACUUGUGCAAUAGUUGGUAAAGCUGUAGAUUAUUAUCUGAAAGAAUUUGGUUCAUUCCCAUUUAGUUCUUAUUCAAUUGUAUUUAUAAAAGAUAGUAUAAUUCCUGUAUCAAAUUUUGCUGGUUUAUCAAUAUUUAGUGAUGAAAUUUUAUAUCCACCAAAUUUAAUUGAACCAAUGUUUUCAAGUACAGAAAUAAUUCUGGAAAGUAUUUCAUCUCAAUGGUCAAAUAUUAAUAUAAUUCCUCAAACUUUUAAUGAUAUUUGGUGUACAAUUGGAAUUUCAAGAUUUAUGUCAUUUCAAUUUCUUCGAAGUUUAAUGGGGAAUAAUCAAUAUCGUUAUAAAAUUAAACAAAUGAUUGAUCAAAUUGUUGAACAAGAUAUUGGUAAAGAACCAAUUGGUUUACAAAAUUUUAAAUUUCCAGUAUCUCAAUUAGAUCUCUCAUUUAUAAAAUUAAAGGCACCAAUUGUAUUAUUUAUAUUAGAUAAAAGAAUGACAAAAACUGAUAAAUCAUUUGGAUUAUCUCGAGUUUUACCAAAAUUAUUUUUACAAGCUAUGUCAGGAGAUUUACCAAAUGGAACUCUUUCAACUCUGCAUUUUCAAUAUACUUGUGAAAAGGUUAAUCGAAAUAAAUUAGAAAAUUUCUUUAAAGAAUGGGUAUUUGGAUCAGGAACUCCAACUUUUAAUGUAUCUCAAAAAUUUAAUAAGAAAAGAAAUGUUAUUGAAAUGAGUAUUAGACAAGUUCAACAUAUUGAAUCAAAAAGUUUACCUCCAAAUCCUAAUACAUUUAUUAAAGAAUCUAUAUCAUUUUUAGAAGAUGAACCAUAUUAUCCAAUUCAAACUGUAUUUACUGGACCCAUGACAAUAAGAGUUCAUGAAGCUGAUGGAACUCCCUAUGAACAUAUUGUUGAUUUAAAAGAAAAUCAUUCUAAAUUAGAUAUUCAUUAUAAUUCUAAAACUAGAAAAAAGAAAAAGGAUGAUACAAUUGAACCAGGAUCUAAUUUUAGUAAAUUAGGUAAUGUAUUACAAACUAAAAGGGAUAUGGAAGAAUGGAAUUUUGCUGAAUGGGAAAAAAGAGAAGAAGAUACUGAUGCAUUUGAAUGGAUUAGAGUUGAUGUAGAUUUUGAAUGGAUUGGGAAAUUUAUUAUUAAACAACCUGAUUAUAUGUAUGGAGCUCAAUUACAAUAUGAUCGAGAUGUUGAAGCACAAAUUGAAGCCACUAGAUAUUUUGCAAGAUUAGAAAAACCUCAAUUAGUUCAUGCAACAGUUUUAACUAGAACAGUUAUGGAUUCAAGAUAUUUUUAUGGAGUAAGAAUUGCAGCUGCUAAAGCAUUAGCUAAUUUUUCAAAUGAAAGAAAUAAUUAUUUUGGAUUAUAUUAUUUAAUUCAAAUAUUUCAAGCCUUAUUUUGUUUCCCAUCAAGUACAAUUCCAUUAAGUAAUGAUUUUAAUGAUUUUAAUAAAUUAUUUUUACAAACUGAAAUCGUUACUAUAUUAAGUACAAUUCGAGAUGAAAAUGGUCAAGUUCCAAUGAUAAUUAAAGAUUUAUUAUUAAAUUUAUUAAAAUAUAAUGAUAAUUCUAAUAAUGUAUUUCGAGAUGAUUAUUAUGUGGCUAAUCUUUUAAUUUCUUUAACUGAUAGUUUAAUUGGUGAUAUACCAAUAUCUUUUGAUACUUAUCAUAUAAAUAAAGCAUCAUCAGUUGAUGAAAUUGCUAUAAAGGAAUUAGAAAGAAUUCAAAAAUUAGAUGAAUGGAUUCCAUCAUAUCAACAAAUAAUUUCAAUUACAACUAUAAGACAAAAGAUAAAACUUGCAAUUCAUAGUAAAUUAAUUAUAAGUUUUGAAAAUUUAAUUUAUUAUACAACUCCUAAAUUUUCUUAUAAUAUUAGAUUAGAAGCAUUUAAAGGAUUAUUAAUUCUUGGAGGUUUAAAGAAUAAAAGUAUAUUGAAUUACUUUUUAACUACAUGUUUAGUUGAUAUAUCAUCGAGUAAAUUUCGAUCUAAUUUAAUUACAAUACUUAUUGAAUCAAUAAGUAUUGUAGCUCUUCAAGGUUCACCAAUUUCAUUAGAUGAUCCUGAAUUUAAUUCAUUUGAAAAAUUAAGUGGAUUGGUUAGAGGUCAAGGUAGUAAUAUGAUUAUUAUUGAUAAUGAUUCUUCACAAAUGGAUAGUAGAAGAGAUGCUCUUGCUCGAGCUACAAUAGAUGGAGCUAUAGUAAUUUUAAGAAGAGAUUAUUCUAUUGGGAAUGGAUUAAAGAAUAUAUUAUGGGAAUUAAUUCAUUCUUCAUUAAUUAGUCUUCAUGAUAAAAGAAAUAUCUUUUUAAUAUGUGAUAUUUUAUAUGAAGAAAUUGAUCAAUUUAAUGUAAGAAUUCCAAUACCAAGUUUACCAAUAACUGAAUUUAAUAAAAAAAUUAUUGCUAAAAAUAUUGGUAAUGGUAAAGUAAUAUUUAAGAGAGAAGGUAGAUUUAAAUUACAAUUAGCAUCAAGAAAGAUUAGUGUAGCAGAAUCCAAACCUAAACCUAAGAUUCCAGAAAUUAUUGAUAUUAAGAAAGAACCUAAAUUAAAAUUGAAUAUUUCUUUAAAGCCAACUGAAGUUAAGAAGAAAUCUUUAGUAAUUCCACCUAAACCUAUAGUUUCUAUUGAUAGAAGUCAUGGAUUACUGGUAAAGGUUAAGUUUGUUACAAAACAAUUAUCAAAACUUGCCCCACUCAGAUCAAUAAAAGCAGUAAAAUCUCAUAAAUCUUCAAGUAUUGUUCUGAUAAAUGAUUCAUCCAUUACAUUCAAGUUUAAAGGUAACUCAGUAGAAAGGUAUGAACUGUACCUCCAUAAUGUGAAACCCUUACGAUAUAUUAAAAUUCAUUUAAACAAUAACAAAGUAGAGGUAUCUCGAACCCCAUUUGAACAGAAACAGAUACAAGACACUCCAUCACAAGACACUCAAACAAAAACAGUAGAAAAGGUAAAGCUGGAACCACCCACAACUAUCUCAUCUUCACGCUCAGUAAGUCCAUUUACCAAUCCUACAUCUACAACUACACCUAUCGCUAAACCUAAAGCUAAACCUAAAGCUAAUGCCUAUAUUCACCAACCUGCUACUACCAGUACUAAGUCCACUACACCUGUUGACUCAGAAAAGAAACCUAUCCUCAAACUCAAGCUCAGCUUGAAAAAGUAA